CCCUGCAGGCUGCCAUGGCUGCCGUUGACAGCUUCUACCUCUUGUAUAGGGAAAUCGCCAGGUCAUGCAAUUGCUACAUGGAAGCUCUAGCCUUGGUUGGAGCCUGGUAUACAGCCAGAAAAAGCAUCACUGUCGUCUGUGACUUUUACAGCCUGAUCAGGCUGCACUUUGUCCCUCGCCUGGUGAGCAGAGCAGAUCUGAUCAAGCAGUAUGGAAAAUGGGCAGUUGUGAGUGGUGCAACAGAUGGGAUUGGAAGAGCCUAUGCAGAAGAGUUAGCAAGCCGUGGUCUCAAUAUUGUCCUGAUUAGUCGGAACCAAGAGAAGUUGCAGAUGGUUGCUAAAGACAUUGCUGACACCUACAAAGUGGAAACUGAUAUUAUAGUGGCGGACUUCAGCAACGGCCGUGAGAUCUACAACCCGAUUCGAGAAGCCUUGAAAGACAAAGACAUUGGCAUUUUGGUAAAUAAUGUGGGUGUGUUUUAUCCCUACCCUCAGUAUUUUACUCAGGUCUCCGAGGACAAACUCUGGGACAUCAUAAAUGUAAACAUUGCUGCGGCUAGUCUGAUGGUCCACAUAGUGUUACCAGGGAUGGUGGAGAGAAAGAAAGGUGCUGUUGUCACUAUCUCUUCUGGCUCCUGCUGCAAACCAACUCCCCAGCUGGCUGCCUUUUCUGCUUCUAAGGCUUAUUUAGAUCACUUCAGCAGAGCAUUGCAGUAUGAAUAUGCUUCUAAAGGAAUCUUUGUACAGAGUCUAAUCCCAUUCUACGUGGCUACCAACAUGACUGCCCCUGGCAGCAUUCUGCACAAGUGCCCGUGGUUGGUGCCUUCACCAAAAGUAUAUGCACAUCAUGCUGUUUCUACCCUUGGCAUUUCGAAAAGGACCACAGGAUAUUGGUCCCAUUCCAUCCAGCUCUUGUUGUUUAUCUGUGUAUGAAAAUGCUGCUUUUCAACUGAUAUUUCAUUAGAGAACCAUAUAUGUAUGGAUGUUAUGUUCAUUGAGGCAACUUUAUAGGUAAGUUACUUUAAAAAGUUUUUUUGUCAAGAUGAUUUAAUGUGGAACCUUACAGGGUAUUCAAGUUCUAGAUGACUCCUCUUCAUACUAAACAAGCUUACCCAAUUUUGUGCUAUAGGCUUGCCAUGUUAUAAUAUUACUUAAAACAUUCUGUUUUUUUUUAAAUCUACCAUGGAAUUAGUUCAUUCUGAGAUUUGGAUAUGUAAUGAUUGACUGUCAAUAAUCUCUUGAUAUAUAAUUAUUGUGGAUAAGUAGUGAUUUCUCAGCCUAUGACCCAUUUUUUUUUAACUGAAAUUUAGUCCUUUAGAGCUUGUUAAAUCUAGUUUUCAUACACUUUUCUAUGUAAUAUUAUUCCAUUCCAGUAGCAUUAUUGGUGUAAAUAUCAAGUAUUUAUGGAAAAGUAGUUAAAAUAUGGACAAAUGUGUGUGAUAUGUAUUGUAUCUGUUGAAAUAAGUUAGAAACUCAUUUUUUGUUCUUGCAAUUAAUUUAUGCAUUAUAGUGAAUACUUUUAUUGGUGUGAAGAUAAUUAUGUACAACCCUCCACAAUAUGGGUUAGCAUUGAAAUGUACUGUGAAAUGUUUUUGGUUCAGGCCCUAAGCUUUAAAGCCAGACAUUUUGAGAACCACACACCUAGUGCUUUGACAGUUAUAAAUCACUGUAUGAAUAUGACAAUAUGUGCAAAAUAGAAAUUCGGAAUUUAAUAUUGGGGCACUGAUGCAGAAGCUAAUACAUUUUUGAAAUCAGGAUUUUUAUGGAAUUUUCUCCUGAGAUGAUGUUCCAUUUUGAGUAGGCCUAAGCCUGCUUUGAUGUUAUACCCACAAUUUUGCCAGUGACAUUGCCUCAGUAUUUCCAGAUGUGACUUGGACUUGGUUCAUAAUCUCUUCCACUUACAGAUCAGGCCUUCAUUAUAUAAGAAGACAUUCAGAUGUGAAAAGGUACACACUAGCGGCACUAUAUAACACUGAAGGUUUUGGUGGAGUUAGAAGCCUUUAUUUGGUCACAUUUGGCAUUUUCUCUCACUCAACAAUUAAUUUAUGGUCAUUAAGACAGGAGAAAAAUUGACUUCAUGCUACAUUGACCUGAACUUUGAUGUGUAAUAAGCAGCAGCAACUUUAUGUAAAAAAAAUACCAUAUUUAUAGCUAAGGUGUGAUGUGGUACAGCAAUGUCUUACACUUAUAGAUUAGGUAUUGAAUCAUUGUUACAUGAUGAGAAUGAGUAAACCAUGUCAGUGAUGUUUUAAAAUUCUCUACUUGGCAGGAUGCAUGUGAAUAAGCUGAUUGAUACAAAGUUAGUGAAAGAUCAAAACCUAGAAUCUUCCUUGGGUUUUGUGUUUCAUAAAAUACUCUCCCCUAGAGCUCAUUUUAGAGUCAUAAUUGGAUCACUGUUGAUGGGGUUUCUUAUUAAGAAUGUAGGAAAUAAGAACCUUUGAAACAGGCUGUGAACAAGUUAAUAAUGAAGGUGGUUGCUUCUUUCUUUGGAAGAGGCUUUGCUCCAUAUAUUUGUAAAUGGGUUGUCUGGAAUGAGAGAUACAUUUUCCCCAUAGAAACAAUUAUUUAAAAAUUGUGAAAACCUAAUUUAAUAACACCUGUGGAUGCAAUUCAUUAAGAGCUGGUAAUUCAAGAAAAUUGUUCAUAAGCGUGUCUUUUGAAAAUACUAAGUUGAUUUCUUCAUCUCAUUCUCCUGAUAGGAUGAGAUGAAGAGGGUUGAUUUUGAUCGUUGACUUUGGCAACAUGGAGAUCACUGGCAGUUUUGCCAUAAGCCAUUUCAUCGAUUGGUGGGGAUGAAAGGUAGAUUGUAGUGGGUUCGAGAAAGAGUGGGAAGAACUGGGAGACAGCAAGGAGAGACAGCUCAGUAGGAGUAUUUUUGUUUUGUUUUGUUUUAAUCUUAAGUUACUUAAAAUCCUGUCAAUUUGGGAACCAGAGGGUUUAGGUGGUGGUCUUCUAUCUUUUACAUUGUGUGCCCUCUGAAGCCAAGUCCAGUCUUUCCGUGUCUCUGUCUCAGUAU